UGCCAGCCACAUUGCGCCCCCCCCCCCCCCAGCAUUCAAGAUGGCGGCCGGGGCGCUGCUGAGGGGGAGCGGAGCCCGCCUCCGCCCCUUCUGCGAGAAGGGGCCCAGUUCCCGCCUUUUUCUCCUCAGGGGCCUGGUGUCAUCCAGUAACCGAUCUGGUGAAGACAGCUGGUUAAAAUCGUUGUUUGUCCGCAAAGUUGACCCCAGGAAAGAUGCUCACUCCAACCUCUUAGCCAAAAGAGAAACCAGCAGUCUCUAUAAAUUACAAUUUCACAAUGUCAAACCAGAAUGCCUAGAAUCUUACAACCAAAUUUGUCAAGAGGUGCUGCCAAAGAUCCACGAAGGGAAGGAGUAUCCGUGUACACUGGUGGGGACAUGGAACACGUGGUACGGAGAGCAAGAUCAGGCUGUCCAUCUCUGGCGGUAUGAGGGAGGCUACCCAGCCCUUACGGAGGUCAUGAGUAAGCUUCGACAUGAUAAGGAGUUUACGGAGUUUCGCAAAGCGAGAGGAAAUAUGCUUCUUUCACGCAAGAAUCAGCUGCUUCUGGAAUUCAGUUUCUGGAAUGAACCAGUUUCCAGGGCGGGGCCCAAUAUCUAUGAACUGAGGUCUUACCAACUUCGUCCUGGCACAAUGAUUGAGUGGGGAAACUACUGGGCCCGUGCCAUUAGUUUUCGACAAGACAACGAAGAAGCAGUCGGAGGCUUUUUCUCACAGAUUGGACAGCUGUAUGUGGUCCAUCAUCUCUGGGCUUACAAAGAUCUUCAGUCCAGAGAAGACACAAGAAAUGCUGCGUGGCACAAGCCUGGAUGGGAUGAACUGGUGUACUACACAGUGCCCCUAAUUCAGGAAAUGGAAUCCAGAAUCAUGAUACCAUUGAAGAUUUCUCCUUUGCAGUGAAGUCACAUUUAACAGCGCCUGCCUGUAGAUUUAAAUCGACCAGUAUGUCUUUUUAGUUCAGUAGACAGUAUGAGUGUGGCAACAGAAACAUUGAUUUUUUUAAAAAAAGGACUGGACUGUAUACCAGGGCUUAUGGAUGAGAGGGUUUUGGUUUUUUUUAGGUAAUGGCAGGAGAGUUUAGAGAGGUGUUGCGGGAAAGCACAGGGCCAUAAUUGAAGUCUUAUUGUUCAGCCCCAUAACCUGGCUGUCUGCUAUUCAAAACACAGCCAGACGCUCGGCAAACCUGCUGGUGCUAAUGAAAACGCACACAUUUUAGUAGCUGCACGAAAUGUGAUAUCUUGAAUGAAUGUUGUAUUUAAUCAGGGAGACGGUUUCUCAAGUGGAUUCCUCUGCAUUGCUUUUUUUCCCCCAGAAUCAUGGUUGAUUGUCAAGCUUACAGAGCUUUUUCAGGAACAAAAUAGCUUUUUCUGUUCCUGACGCACCAGCAAAUUUAUUGCUGGAUCAGCCAGCAAAUUUAUUGCUGGAUUUGUUAAAGAUGUGUCAUUUUACUUUAUGUACCUAGUCCCAUGCCGGGUCUGAAACUUGAAGAGAAAACGGCCACAGGUCUGAAGGCCUUUGGGAUGUUCACUCUCAAUCAUGUGUGUGGCAGGGUCUUUCAUGAACAGCUGCUGGGGAGACCGCUCAUUCCACUCUGAUUCCUCUGACCUCUUUCCCAGAUUUUCAGGGAGUAAAAAUCAGGAGCCUUGUUUUCCUCUUCGUUGGGAACAUUUAAAGCUUCUGAUUCUGUUCUUGUUGUCCAUCGAUCUAUCAGGGAACAGAGUGAACACUCCGUACUGUUGUCUUUUUUUUUGUCUUAGCCAAUCAGAUCAGUCAACUGGGAAACCUUCUCCUGGGUUGUAUUGCUGCAGGCUGCAGAUGGGUAUUUUGGUGUGGGGGCAAAAGAGCUGCAAGCCUGAAUGAUCUCCUGUGGGGGGGAAGGUGGAGGAGAGUGUCACUGUUUGGAAAACUACGCUGUCAGGGGAGCAGGCGGGCAGAAUCCAUUAACAAGACAAGCGUUCAAACAUGCAGUCCUUCACAUGCAGUUUAUUGCGCUGAGGAUGCAGACUGGCUCUUUUGACCUAGUAAGAACGUAGCAUGUAUUUCAGCGAAUAGCAAUUCGCAAUUUGAAUGCCCAUCUCUAAGAAAUGCGGCUGUUUAAUACAAACGAUCUAGUGGAUUUUUAUGUACCCAAGAACAGAGGCAGUUUCAAGGGCACGUGCUACCAAUUGUUGUUGGCUGUGAUGGCUAUAAAAGUGUAUGUACCACAAAGUGUUUUUGAGAGUUGUCGCUGUUACUGCAUCAUGAAUGUUGAUGUGAUGUCCUAGCCGAGAAAUGGAAAAUCUAUAUGCUCUUCUUAGUGCUCUGCGUGAAGGUACUCAUACCACUCGAUUGUACGCAUUUGUACCCAAAAAGGUCUCCAGUGGGGCUUUUUCCAGAAAAAGCAUGCAAAGGAUUGCAACUUUGGGACAGAGCUACAAGGUCCAUCUGCAGUAUGUGUUAGGAGACCUUUCCCUUGAUCUCUCUACUGAAAAGCAGGUGGUGUGUGCUGAAUUCGUCCCCUGCUCUCCACAUUCACUCUGCAACUGUCCCCCAGCCCGUAUUCCAGAUCCAUGUUUCCAUCACAGAUAUGAGGCUGGAGAUCUUAGGGAAUGGGGAUUGCAGAGGAAUACUUACUUGGGGGGAAGAGUUAAGCACCCUUCUGCCUGUUUCUUGCCUGCAAAUCAUCCCCUUUUGGCACCACUCUUCCUUCUGGAGGCGAGACAGUGUUAAGGAGUUCCCACUUGGUGCAUUGUGGGUGUAUUGUGCAGUUAGACACAUUUGGAAGAGGUUCAGACUGUGUGUCCUGAAAUUUGGAGAGGAAUUAGCUUGUGUGAUAAAGUCCGAGGAUUCCCCAGUCAACACUAUUCGGAUCAACUUAACUAGAAUCAGUGGCACGCAAAUUUUGCAAGCACUCCUAGAUUAUGGCCAUGAAGCUAACCAGUGGGGGGGGGGGAGGGGGGUGUUAGGGGUUCACUGAAUAAGCUUUCAUUAUUUCAAUCAACUGUGUGGUUUCACUAACUGAAUUGCAGAAGGUCAUUCUGAAAAGAUAUGUCAGGCUGAAACCUAUUUAAAUUACUCUGAGUUUGCAAAAUCACAGUGUCUCUUGUUUUCUGUUUCUGUUUUUUUUUUAAUUUUGCUUUAGAAUAGAGGGAUUUUUGGUGUCUGUAAUUAUAAUGCAUUGAAAUAAUUAUUCUGUUGGCUAUUGAAUCAGUGCAAUACACUGUAUGUCCAGUUGCAUACCAAACAUUCGCUUUAUACAUUUCAGUGACUUUUCUGCCAGAAUGUGUCAAUAAAAUCCUUUUGAUUUUCGCAUA